GAAUUUAGCAUUUAUAAUAUCAUUUGCGUUACAUGACCAAUCGAUUAUUUGCAUAAAAAAACGUGAAACUUGGCCUUUCGUGUAAUCAACCAUAUUGUUCAAGGGUAUUCAUGAUUCGGUUUUACUCUAUAACAUAACACCCGAGUGUUCUUUUUUAUUCGGUUUGGUUCAGUUUGAUUAAUUUCAGAUUUGGGUUCUAUGUUUAUGAAAGUCUCACGUGACAGCCAAUGAAACCACGUGCACUCCUAUGUUGCAUAUCUCAAUGAAUCUCAAUAUUUUCUGGUCUCAUAUGUGAUAUUUUGGGAUCCGACCCGAAUUCUUCGCUGCCCGAUUUCACUACAGGUUUAAUAUUAUGUCGAUGAACUGGGCUCAACGGAAAAUCUACCUUUACAAUGUCACUUUUGGACUAUACAUGUUGGACCCGUGGGAGCGUUAUUUGUUCAAUGCCGUGGUUGCUGUCUUGAUGUGGUUCAUAUUUUACAAUGGAUACCGUAACCUUGAUGAAAUCUGCAAAAGGUAUAUAUGGUGAAGCUUGAGCAUAGACUUGACUUGAAGAAGAAAAGGAGCCUGCAGUUGAAUGAUUUUUCUUUUAUGGUAACAAUUUCCCUCAUGGUGAACAGAUUUGCAUGUUGUAGCAGAUGUUUGUUUUACAAUGCUGAAGGAUUGAGUGAAUAUCUAAUGGUUUUUUGAAUUGAUAUGUAAAUUAUCGAACAUGAGUUGAUCACAUUUUUAAAA